AUGAUGCAAGCUCCGGUUAUGGUUUUGAGUACCAAUACAAAGCGCGAGACGGGCCGCACGGCGCAACUUGGCAAUAUUGAGGCUGCGAAGGCCGUCUCAGAUAUUGUGCGUACAACUUUAGGUCCGCGUUCGAUGCUUAAGAUGUUACUGGAUCCCAUGGGUGGGAUUGUCAUGACUAAUGAUGGCAACGCGAUCCUUCGUGAAGUAGACGUAGCUCACCCGGCGGCCAAGAGCAUGAUCGAGCUCAGUCGCGCACAGGACGAAGAAGUGGGUGACGGCACCACUACAGUCAUUAUUCUUACGGGCGAGUUGCUGGUUGUAGCGGAGCCCUUCUUGAAUCAUCAAGUACACCCAACUGUGAUCAUACGUGGCUUUAAUCGCGCGCUCAAUGCGUCUUUGGAAUUUGCGAAGGAGCUAGCACGUCCUAUCGACAUUGCAAACAAAGAAGAUAUGCGCAAUCUCGUUCAAUCGUCCAUUGGAACCAAAUUCUCUCCUCGCGUUGGCAACUUGGUAAGCGACUUGGCUCUAGACGCUGUACUGACGGUGAUGCGUACGUCACCUUCUGGUCAAAAGGAAGUGGAUGUUAAACGCUAUGCAAAAGUGGAAAAGAUUCCAGGCGGAGAACUUGAAGACAGUCGUGUGCUGAAAGGCGUCAUGUUCAAUAAAGACGUGACUCACUCGAAAAUGCGCCGUCGUAUUGAAAACCCACGCGUACUCCUGCUUGACUGCCCUUUAGAGUACAAAAAGGGAGAAAGCCAAACAAAUGUGGAGCUUACGAACGACCAGGACUGGAAUACGUUGCUUCGUCUUGAGGAAGAAUUCAUUGAAAAUUUGUGCGCACAGGUAGUAGCCAUGAAGCCGGAUGUGGUGAUUACGGAGAAGGGUGUAUCUGAUUUAGCACAACACUAUUUUGUUAAAGCUGGAAUAACAGCAUUUCGCCGUCUACGCAAGACAGACAAUAACCGCGUAGCUCGAGCAACGGGCGCGACAAUUGUAAGUCGCGCUGAUGAAAUUCAAGAAUCCGACAUCGGCACCAAGUGUGGUCUUUUUGAAGUGCGCAAACUCGGCGACGAAUACUUCGCGUUUUUUGAAGAGUGCAAGGAUCCGGGGGCCUGUAGCAUUUUACUACGUGGUGGCAGCAAGGACGUUCUAAACGAGAUUGAACGCAACCUUCAGGAUGCUAUGCAAGUGGCGCGUAACGUCGUGUUUGAGCCGUUGCUUUUACCUGGUGGAGGAGCAACGGAGAUGCGAUUAGCACACAAAUUAAAGCAGCGUGCCGACAACAUUGAAGGCAUAGAACAGUUUCCGUUCCGAGCAGUGGGUGAGGCCUUAGAGAUAAUUCCACGCACUCUGCUUCAAAACUGUGGAGCUGACGUUGUGCGCGUCAUGACGGCGCUCCGUGCCAAGCAGGCAGAGACAGACGAGUCAUACGGUGUAGACGGUGUAACUGGCAAAGUAACGCCAUCUCAGGUGCUCGGUGUGUGGGAACCUUUCCAGGUGAAAACGCAGUCGAUAAAGACCGCUGUGGAAGCUUCGUGCAUGCUGCUACGCAUCGACGACAUUGUGUCUGGUUUGGCUAAGAAGAAAAACUAA